AUAGUUUCACCUAGUCUGUCCUGUUAUGUUUCAAAAAUAAAAUCUUUUUUUAAGUAAUUUUUUUUUAUAUUACACGUAGUCUGCAAAAAACAAUAAUUUUUAAUAUUAAUUCAUAUUUAAACAAUUGAUAAACUGUUCAUUUAUUCUUUUAUUAAGAUAGUAUUUAAUAAAUAUGGGUCCACCACCUGUAGUAACUGGCGUUUCUCCAAAAGAAGGCCCUCCAGGAACACGAGUAACAAUUCGUGGAGAGUUUUUAGGCACUUCUGCAUUUGAUUUAAUUGGUUUAAAAAUAUGCGGGUGUGAUUGUUUACUAUCGGCUGAAUGGAAAAGUAAAAACAAAAUAGUGGCUCGUUCAGGGCCAUGUAAGGGCCGCGGAGACAUCAUAGUUACAACCAAGUCUGGCGGAGAGGGCACAUCAACGGUACAAUUCAGAGGCUAUCAUGAAUCUAUAGGACCAGUUAAAGAGAGUGCAGUAUGGGUAGAGGAAGCUGCACCACCCUCCCUACCAUGGGGUCGGCGGCCCAUGUCUCCUACUACAUACACCCCACCUGACCCUUUAGGAUUGUCUACAGAGGGAGAUGAUUGCAAGUUCCCUGAGGAAGAUUUGCAUGAACUGUUUCCAGAUGGGUCAGGCAAUCUGACUGAUGAAAACUUCCAACCUGGCUGGUAUCUAUUAGAACAUCACAGCAAUACCUCAUAUGAAGACUUGAAGGCAGGAAUGGUGUUUUUGCAAAGGAAGGUUGAAAGUCAAAAAGAGGGUCACCUUAGUUUUCUGAAAGCUAACACUGGAGCUGUUAUGGACCAAUUAGAUCGUCUUGUAUUACUCAAAAAUAUGUUUGAGGAAGACCAGAGAAAAAAUGGCAAAGAACCACUGCCAAGUUUACAAGCUGCCAUAGAAGAAUCGAUCACAUUGGCUGAUUCUCUUUUUUCUGAAAUACUGUCACGUAAAGAAAAUGCAGAUAAAACCCGAGAAGCUCUGUCGCUGCUUAUGCGACAUAAAUUUCUUUUUCAGCUACCAGCAUCCAUUGAUAAUAACAUAAAGAAAAAGGAGUAUGAUUUAGUAGUCAAUGACUAUACGAGAGUUAAAAACCUAUUUGGAAAUACUGAUAUUAAGUUAUUCCAAAAAAUUCUAGCUGAAAUAGACAAAAAAAUUGAAGACUUGAAAGAGAAGCUACACACAAGGAUGAAGACAAUGCCUAUUAAUGUACAAGAACAAAUAAAAUAUAUAAAGCUAUUAGUGAGUUUGAACUGGGAAGGGGAUGCGGCAUGGGUAGCCAUUAUUAGUCGAAAAGAAUACCUAAUGAAUCUUAUGAACAAAGUCAAGGACCACUUUAAACAAAAGGAAGAACAAGAAUUAAGUGACAAAGGGAAGCGCAAGUCGAAAGAGAGCUCUGAGGGCGCGUGGUGGGCGGCGUGCGCGGAGUGCGCGCGGUGCGCGGGCGGGCUGAGUGCGGUGCGCGCGGCGUGGUGCGCGGCCGCCUGCGGGGCGCUCGCCGCGCACCUGCACGCCCUGUGGCCGCUCGCCCGCCGCUACUUCGCGCGGGACCUCGCCGGCGAGCCAGCCGCGCCCGGCCGCCACGAACAACUCAAGGAAAUGAUAAUAGCAGCGGUGGAGCAGUUCUCGUCACAAAUGCGCACGUGCCUGAUGUGCGGCGGCGGCGCGGUGUCGGCCGACACGCUGCGGCUGCGGCUCGUCGCCAACCUGCGCAGUCUGCGGGAGGCCUACGACUCGCUGCUCAAACUAGAUUUGCCCUCACAGCCAUUAAGCGUGGUAGAGAAAGUUAUAUUCGAUUACCGGGUGUAUGGGAUGACUUGCUUCCUACAACGCGCACACAAGCGUGUUAAGGCGCUCGCAGACAAGGAAACGUGGAAAAUUGAAGAGUACACCGAUUAUGGUGCUAUUACCAAACUUCCGCAUCUGUUGGAGACGUACACCCGGGAGGCGCUGUCGGCGAUCCACAAGUGCGUGGCGACGGGCGGCCGGCGCGAGGGCGCGCUGCUGGCCGCGGGCGGCGAGCCGGCCGCAGAGCUGCUCCGCCACACGCAGCUCACGCUGCUCGCGUACGUCGCCGCGCUGCACCGCCUCGCGCUGCAGCACGCCGACCAGGACUUUAACAACACGAGCCUAUCCGUGGCGCUAGACCAGCCCUUGGACGAAAGCGUGGGCGGGGCAGAGAGUGGCUGGCAGCGUCGUUUGCUGGUGGCGGCUGCUAACGCGCAGUACACUCGCCGUGUAACGCUGCAAAACAUCGCCACCGACUUCAACACGUUCGGAUUGCCGAAUCCGAGUCAAGCGCUACAGGCGUGUAAGGACGCGCUGGGCAACCUGGAAAGUACGAUCGCAGAAACGUACUUGGAGCACAAGGGAGACCCACUGGUCGGCACCAUCGAGCCCAGUAUGUACAUGGGCCACCAGCGGAUCGACACUAACGACCUGCCGAACGACGCAAGGCCAUACCUCUACGAGAUCAUAAACAACCUCAUCGCCGUUCAUGCAGAGGUGGACAGCGUGUGCGGGGCGGCGGCGGCGCGGUACGUGCGCGACGUGUGCGAGACGGUGUGCGAGGAGGUGGCCCGACUGGGCGCGUGUUCUCCGCGGGCGUCGCGCUCCGCUGCCUUCCUCGCGCGGCUCGAGUGCACGCUACUGCGGUUAGCCUGCGCCUCGCAUCUCACGCACAAGGCAGAAAACUAUCUACAGGAGGCAUUAGCUGGUAUUCCACCUUUAGAAAAUGAAGAGGACAAGAAACAAAUGGAUAUCGUUGUGGAAGGAUUUAAGAAACGUAUGGAGCUACAAUUAGCAAGCCUUAACUGCAAUAUGGAGAUUAUUUAAUAAAUACACACCUUUUUCUUUACUUUUCUCAGUGUAAGCUUUAAAUUAGUGAUAUACAAUACUUUCUAAAAGCGGCGUUAUGGUUAUAAAGUUAUGUUAUUUUACGUGUAAGUUACUAUAUUAUUAUACUCUACUUAUAUUAAAACAUGCAUUUAAAUAU